CUUUCUGCAUUCUCUCUUUCUCUUUUUGUUUUGUUUACUUGUUUGUUCUCUUUCUUUCAACCUUUAACCCUUCCAAACCAACAAAUAUAAAAAUCAACCCUCUCUUCUUCUUCUUCUUCUCUCUCCGCGGGUUGAACUCCAAGAACCUCAUAAAACCUUUUCUCUCUCUUACAUCACUCUCUCUCUCUCUCUCUCUAGAUCUGUUCAAAUCCGAAACCAUUUCCGCUCCAAUUUCCAAGAGCAAAUCCUAACCCCUUCUCUCUGUAUGAUACUAGAUUUCCCCUCCUCAAAGGCGUAGUUUUUGUGUCGAUUUGUAAAUUCAUUCGGUAGCUUAGGUUAGAAUUUUUGUGUCAAGUUUUUAGGGUUUUGAAUCGGUGAGAUGAAUCACAACAACAGCAACAACAGCAACAACAAUAGAGCGAGGUACCCUCCUGGGAUGGGACUUGGGCGCGGGGGUUUCAAUCCGAACCUGAGCCAGAACCCGAACCAGAACCAGAAUCAUCACGCGUUCCAGGCUCGGCCGCCGUACCACCAACAGCAACAGGCGCAAUAUGUGCAGAGGCAUUUGUUGCAGCAGCAGCAGCAGCAGCAGUGGCUGAGAAGGGAUGCCAACGCCGUCGACGAGGUUGAGAAGACCGUGCAGUCUGAAGCCGUGGAUUCGAGAUCAAAGAGAUCCCAUUGUCUGUCUAGCCUGAUUGUGAGGUCCUGUUGUGGUGCUGCUGGCUUUCUUUCUAUGUGCUGCUGCUCGCUUUCUUUCUAUGUGCUGCUGCUUGUGCUCUUUCCAGAACUUUCCCAAGAUUGGAAAGCAAGACUAAAGAUUCCACCUGCUGAUACUCGCUAUAAGACAGAGGAUGUAACGGCAACUAAAGGAAAUGAGUUUGAGGAUUACUUUUUGAAGCGUGAGCUGCUAAUGGGAAUAUAUGAGAAGGGUUUUGAAAGGCCUUCUCCCAUCCAAGAAGAAAGCAUUCCAAUUGCUCUUACUGGUAGUGACAUUCUUGCUAGGGCUAAAAAUGGAACUGGCAAAACAGCUGCAUUUUGCAUUCCUGCAUUGGAAAAAAUUGAUCAGGACAAUAAUGUUAUUCAAGUUGUUAUACUGGUCCCAACCCGAGAAUUGGCAUUGCAAACUUCUCAAGUGUGCAAAGAGCUUGGAAAGCACUUGAAAAUUCAAGUUAUGGUUACAACAGGUGGUACCAGCCUGAAAGAUGAUAUACUGCGCUUAUAUCAACCGGUUCAUUUACUAGUUGGAACUCCAGGAAGAAUAUUAGAUCUUACCAAGAAAGGUGUUUGUAUUCUGAAAGAUUGCGCUAUGCUUGUUAUGGAUGAGGCCGAUAAGCUUCUGUCCCCAGAGUUUCAACCAUCUAUAGAGCAGCUGAUUCAUUUUCUUCCUACAACCCGUCAAAUCUUGAUGUUUUCAGCCACAUUUCCUGUUACUGUAAAGGAUUUCAAAGAUAGGUAUCUUCAAAAGCCUUAUGUCAUCAAUCUUAUGGAUGAGCUAACUUUGAAGGGUAUUACACAAUUUUAUGCAUUCGUGGAAGAGAGACAGAAAGUCCACUGCCUAAAUACUCUAUUUUCUAAGCUGCAAAUAAACCAGUCUAUCAUCUUCUGCAAUUCAGUGAAUCGGGUUGAACUACUUGCCAAGAAAAUCACGGAACUUGGGUAUUCAUGUUUCUACAUUCAUGCAAAGAUGUUGCAAGACCAUCGUAACAGAGUGUUUCAUGACUUCCGCAAUGGUGCAUGUCGAAAUCUUGUUUGUACUGAUCUUUUUACUAGAGGAAUAGACAUUCAAGCAGUUAAUGUUGUUAUUAAUUUUGAUUUUCCAAAGAAUGCAGAGACUUAUUUGCACAGGGUUGGUCGUUCAGGGAGGUUUGGGCACCUUGGUUUAGCAGUGAACUUGAUUACCUAUGAGGAUCGCUUUAAUUUAUAUAGGAUUGAACAAGAACUUGGAACUGAAAUAAAGCAGAUUCCCCCACAAAUUGAUCAGGCAAUUUAUUGUCGGUGAUUGGCUGUAAAUACCAUGGUUGUGUUUACAAUUGUGGCUAAUAGCAGUGGUUAGUGUGACCGUGGCUCAAGUAGGUGGAAGAGGAUUUGCAGAGCUAGUGACAAAUUGUGUAUUAUUGGAACCUGGCAUGAGAGGAUGCACUGUCGAAAACUGGGUAUUAUUGGACCCAUUGUUGAGUGCUUUCGGAUUAAUGCUGGUUUUAAGAGCCCUGAAACAUUAUUGGGACCUUUAAAAAGUUUAAUAACUGCCAGAUAGUUGCUUGGUCCGGUUUGUGUUUCUGUUGAUUACAUUUGCAGAUCGAUCAUUUUAAAUAAAUCUAAAUAAUUUUAGUGUGUUUGGACUGAUUUU